AUGGCGGAUUAGUUUGUGCAUGGGGUCCGCUACCAGCUAGCUAUCUUCGAUAAAUGUAAGCCUAUUUCUCCCAGCAAAUGAGAUAUUUUUGAACGGGUCAAAAUGUUCCGUCGGUCAAGAUUUAGUAUCCGGCCCAAUGUUGGUGCUACAGGAAAAACAGCAUCAACACCUCAGGAAUCCCCUUCAGCAAGUCAGGAGACCAGUGAGACCCCUAAGGACGUUGGUGAGAGCUCCACUGCUACUGCUGUUACAGAUAACCAGCCUGCUGUGACCCCAUCAGAAACACCUACAGUCCCAGGGGAUGGUAUUGACCAACAUGUGGAAGGUACCAGCUCCUCAGCAGCCCUCCAGAGAAGGAAGCGGUUUUCCAUCAAGCCUAAAGUGGCCCCAGGCCGCCCCUCCAUUGCUGCUCGGAAAACAAGAACCCCUGUCAAGGCAGCCUCUGAAACCCCUGUUUCAGACCAUGACAAGCCAAAUACGUCCAGCCAAACUGGGACUGCAUCAGCCCCUCAGAGACUGCAGUCCCCAAGGCGACGGAGACCUUCAGAAGAGAGCAAGCAGCAAAUAAUUCAACCCAAACCAACCACCAUCCUUUCAGAGCCUUCAGUUGUACCUACAGCUGAGGACUCUACAGAAAAUAAAUCGUUGCUGGCAAACACUGGCAAAGAAUUUGAAAAGAUUUCAGCCAGUCAAGGAAAUGAAGCUUCUUUCAGUCUCCCGGAUAAAGUGCCCCUCUCUCUACCAGACAAAGAAGCUAUUGCAAUAUCAGAGAAAGCCAGGACUCUAAUGUCAUCUAAGUGUAGGCUGUCACUGUCAACACCAGCGUUCUCCCUGAGUCGCCUCCUCAAUGACCCUUCAGACUUACAGAGGCUUGCAAAGGCCCAAAAACUCAGAGACCUGCUCAGAGAGGAGAUGCACAAAGAAAAGGUAAACUCAGAUUAUUCAAAAACCAAGAGAUUUAAGAAAAGGGAAAAGGAAUUUGAUUUAGAUCCUGCCAAAAUGACCAUGAGGGACCUUAUCCGUUAUCUACCACAGUCCAACCCCAUGACAUCUAGUUUGGAAGAGUCAGUUGUAGAGAAUGAGACUGUGGUCCCACCUUCUCCAGGAGGAGAAAAUGUCCCAGAGAAAGUGCAGGAACCCGAGUUCGUCCCAAAAAUGCCAAGCCAGAGUGAGGAGGAAGCAGAGGCAGAGGCAGAGGCAGCGGCGGAUGAGGAGGAGGAGGAAAAGGAGGAGGAGGAUGAUGAUGCUGUGAUGGUUCCUCAGGUCAAAGUUGCAGAGGACGGCACACUGAUCAUUGAUGAAGAGAGCUUGACCGUGGAAGUCCAGCGAGCCAAAGGGCCAAAUCCAGCAAAUGAUCGAGACCCCAUCUUUGAGCGUGGCUCCACUACAACUUACUCAAGCUUCAGGAAAGGGACCUACUGCAAACCCUGGUCCAGCGAAGAGACAGACAUGUUCUUCCUGGCAAUUAGUAUGGUGGGAACAGACUUUUCCAUGAUUUGCCAACUGUUUCCUCUGAGAGCUCGAUCAGAGAUAAAGAACAAAUUUAAAAAAGAAGAGCGAGAGAAUUCCUGGAGGAUUGACAAAGCUUUCAGAGAAAGGCGCAAACUGGACAUUGAGUAUUUUUCUAAACUGUUAGAAAAGAUACUGGAAGUUCAGAAAAACAGGAAGAAACUGAAGGCAAUGGCUGAGAAGAAACCUCCAAAGGAGCGCAAGAAAAGAGAAAAGGGCCGAAAAAAAGCUGGGAAGAAGCUGAGUGUUGUGGAGGAGGAAGAUGAGGAAGAGCAGAAGGAGAAUCCUGAUUUGGAGAAAGAGGGAGAGAAGGAGAAUGAGGACCUCUGUAAUGAGGCGGGAACCACUGCUGUUAAGGCUAAGAAAAAACGCAAAAUAAAGAAUACCUCGACUGAGGAACCAAAGGACAAGAAAAACAAAACGGAUCAAAAGAGCAAUGAACAAGAUGAGGCCUUUAUACCUGGAGACAAAGAGGCAGCACUUCCUGAGGACUGUCAACAAUCAGACAUGUCUGAAAAGACUGAGGGAGCCAAGGAUGGCACGAUCAAGCCAGCCAAACUUUCACGAGGCAGAGCACCAAAACCACUGCUGCCGUUGGGCCGGAAGAGGGGUAAAAAGCCCCCACCUCCCUCCACCAAGACCAACGAUGAUGCAUCAGUUAAAGGAGAGGAGAGUGUGAUUGAUGGAGCAUCCACAGAGCAGGUAAAAAAAGAUGCAUCACCUUCAAGGCAAGACCAAAAUAGUAAGUCAGCCAAUAAUGGUCAUUCCUCUGAAGAGGAGGAAGCAACCGUUCAACCUCCAAAACCUACCAGGUAUGGAAGAGUGCCUAAACCCACCAAGCCCUUGAAUUACUCUGCCAAAGAGGCUGCAUCCGAAACCAGUCCUGCCUCACCAGAUGCGUCCACUGCUUCUGCUGCCAGGCCUAAACCCAAAUCCACAGCCAAGAGGGGAAGAUCAUCAAAGCAGCAAUCAUCCCAAGAGUCCAAAAAGCCUAAAUUAGUCACCCUCAGGGCUUCUCAGUCAGAAUACAGUGAUGAGGAGGAUGAAAAGCAGCGAGAGGAAGAAGAGUUGGAGGAGGAGCAGCACACUGCAUGCAGUCCAAGUAGGGACAGCUCUGCCCCCGUAUUUGUGCCUGCCAUUCUGCGCUCCCCACAUCCUGUCAUCUCAGAAGUGGAAGAGACAAUGGAGGAGCUUGAUAUCUUGGCCUCUAUGCCUGAUGUGUUGGGCAUCUCCCAAAAUGCACUCUGCCCUGAUGACUCUUGCGAGUGGGCACAAAAAGAAACGGGCACAGCUGAACCCUGCGAACAUCAGCUGGACCUGCUCGUUGAUGUUAUUGACUUCCUUUCUAUAGACCAUGCAGAAGUAUCUGAGGACGAGAGCUACAAUGAGGCUGCUCAAACCCUGUUGACCAUUGGGAACCUGGCUCACCUCUCACAGUCAGCACAGAAUCAAAUAGCCAUAGAAGAUCAAUUAACAGGGACAACAUCAGACAGUGUGAAUGAAACCAGCGAACAGCUAGAAGAAGAGGUUGCAACAAAGAUUGAUGCAGAAAAGGAAAACCGUGCCACUGCUGUUAUGUCUGCAACUUCUGUUAAUGAAGUCACAGAAAUGUCCGAAACUGUUACCACAGUGGAGCUACAAAACAUUAUUGACAAUAAUGACAUCCCCAUUCUUGAAUCCAGUGAUCAGAGGACAGGUUCUGAUAUGGAUCCUACCUCUCAAUUGACCUCAAAGACAGAUUCUCCACCGACCAGGAGAGCAAGAUUAUCCAAGGUGAAACCAAAACCUAACCUAGGCCAAGCUUCAAGGACUGCUCAGUCAAAAUCACAACCGGCGACAUCAACAGUAAGGGCAGCUGAAGAAAGCCCAUCGGAUGCUCCUGACCUUUCUCAAGCCCCUUGUCCUAGUCCUGCUUUGGAUAUGAAACCGUCAGUAGAUUUAGCCUCUACUCCUACUCUCACAGAAGAACUCUCAGGUGUAUCAGGUGCAACAACAUCACAGCGGCGUGCCUCAGAAAACAAGGACAUCUCUGAAGCCCAGUUUGAAAUCAGAAGGGAACCAGACACGAGAGACACAAGGCCAACAUAUGGGUCAACAGAUGAAGAUAUGAUGUCUCAUGUUGGGACAUCUGAGAUGAGUUGUAAUAAUCCACUGACAUCUGACACAGUUGUCGCUGAAAUGCAGAUUGGACAAGGAUCAAACAACGACUAUCCUGCUUCAUGUGUUAAACCUUUAGAAGAGUUACCUGUCAGUGAGAAGGAAAAAAGUGAAGUCAAAUCUACAAGUCAAACAAGGAAAAGUCGAUUCCAGAAAGUCAAACCCAAUCCCAAUCUAACACAGACAUCAAGGUCCAUACAUUCUAAAGCUCAAACCUCAAAAGACACCAUAGAGAAAGACUCAGACUCAACUCCAGUUACCAAAUUCCAUGAAAAAACAAUAGCAGAGGUUGAAGCGGAGCCAACUUUCACCACCUCAACUGAAAAACAAAGUCAAACUGAUGUUCCAGAGUUGACAGAUGAAGUUCUGAUGUCUCAUGUGAAAUCUGAGAGUAGAUGUAAUAAUCCACUGGAAUCUAACACAGCAGCCACAUACUUGCAGCUUGGACAAGGGUCCAUCAAAGGCUCUGUCCAAGAGAGCAAAGACCAUCCUGCUACAUGUGUGACACCUGUUGAAAAGUUACCUGUCGGUGAGAAAGAAGGGAGUGAAGUCAAAUCUACAAGUCAGGCAAGGAAAAGUCGAUUCCAGAAAAUCAAACCCAAUCUCAACCUAGCACAGACAUCAAGGACUGUACGUUCUAAAGCCCAAACUUCAAAAGACAACGUAGAGAAAGACUCUGACUUGACUCCAACUACCAGAUUCCAUGAAAAAACAAUAGCAGUGGUUGAAGCGGAGCCAACUUUCACCACCUCAACUGAAAAACCAAGUCAAAGUCACGGUCCUUCUUCAGAUUGUAUACCUUCAUUGGAUUUCGGGAUAACUCUUAAACCUACAGAGGAACUGUCUACAACUGAGGAGAAAGAGACAGACCUUGAAGUUGUAUCAGGCUCAACAACAACACAACAGAGUGCCUCAGAAACCCAGAACCUCUCUGAGGCCCAGUUUGAACCUAGUAGGGGACAGGAAACCAGAGACACAAAGCCAGCAUCUGAGUCAACUGGAGAAUCUGCUUCAUCUGUUACACCAGUAAUAGAGUUACCUGUCAGUCAGAAAGAAGCGAGUGAAGUCAAAUCUUCUUGUAAGACUAUUAGAAUACGUUUACAUCAAGUCAAACCCAAAUCCAACUUAUCACAGAUGUCGAGAACUGCGCAGUCAAAGCCUCAAGUCACUAAAGACCCAUUCCUACCCAUGCCUCAGGCAGAGACAUGCUCCAGCCCAACUUCAAGACUUAAUUUACCUGACAAGACAACAGCAGAGGUAGAGGCACAGCCAUCUUGCAGUACCAUCCCUUCUGAACAACCUAGCCAUAGCACUGCGUCAGUAUCUGUACAAUCAUUGGAAUUAGACUCCACUCCUAAAACCAUAGAACAAAACAAAAAUGUUGCAUGUGAGCUAGAGUCAAGCUCAGAGGGCUCUGAACAAAGUGUUUCACAAAGAAGGCAACGCUUUCCAAAGGUCAAACCCAAACCCAAUUUAGGAUCAUCUCUUAGAACUACACGCUCAAAACUGCAGUCAAAUGAUAUCUGUAAACCAGCAGAGCAGUGUCAUAUGGAAACCUCUUUAACCACAGAACAACAGCCUUCUGAUAAUAAUGACCCACAAUCAGAACCCAAACUCCCAGAGACAGACAGCAAGCACUUAAUGUCAACACAAUGUUCAUUAAAUACAGAUCUUAGCUGGACAAUUUUGGAUAAGUCAUUAGAAAGCACAAAUGAUAAGAGUACAUCCUCUGAUGGCUUUGUCAUACCAACUUUGUUGGUUGCAGAAAAUCAGUCUGCGUCCACACACUCAGUUUUUGAAAAUAAGAGUAGUGAAAAACUCACAGUAGAAGCAGAAUCCACAGGGGACAAAAUGUCAAAUGAUAAGGUAGAGGCAGGACCUGGUUCGCAAAGUGAGUGCAAACAGGACAUGUUCUUUAAAGCUACAAAGACAAUUACACAACCAACAGAUGGCCCAGCAACAGUUUCCGAUGUCCAGUCUUCAGGAGAUGGUUCAACAGAGCCCCAAAUUGACUCCAUGCAAUCUACUAAUACACACUCCACACCAGAUCCAAAAGAAAGCACUCAGGAGCCACCUCCAGAAAAUGACCCCGAGGCACCAAGUCAAGAUGCAGUUCAACAAUCUUCUGAAACCAAUGAAACAAGUGUCAAAAGCCCUGAUGAUAAACAGCCAGAGCCAACAGACUCUCCCUCUGGAAAAGCUCCCCCGGCUCGUAGAGGCCGACUUAUUAAACCCAAACCCACCCUGGGACGCAGCAGACGACCUCCACAACACGUCCAGAAUACACCACAAGCAGAAGCAGCAGAUGUUGGUAUUCUCUCAGAAGAUGCUGAUACUUCACUGGGAAGCUCAACAGAAGUAAUUGAACAACUGAGUCAACAUGAACCCCUUGUAGAGGUUUCUGGAUUGUCUACUGGUUGCACGACACAAGUACCUGACUCAGGUACUCAGGAUGCAUCAACAUCAAGUGCAGGAGGGACCCAAGGUCAUCCCAGCUUCACAAUAUUUCCAGACAUGAUGUUGCCUCAGGAUCCUUCUGAUCCAGAUGAACCGUUCUUCAUCCUCUCUCUGACCGAGAUCCCAGUCAGCUCAUCUGGGGAGGGGGUGGACAGUGUGCCUGAGCCCCUCCCUUCUCUUCCUGUAACAGAUGCUCCAAUAGAGCAACAGAGUGUUCCUGGAGAGAGUUUGGCAACAGUGCCUGUGCCCAUGGAGGACAGUAAUGAGACAGGCGUCAUACAUGUGAAAGACCCAGAUGAUGGUUCAACUGAGGGGAAUCAAGUGGACCCACAUGAGAGAACUACAGUACAAGAGACUGGACAGAAUAAAGAUGAGACUGAAAUUCCUCAGACAAAGGAAAGACAAACAGGCACUAGAAGAAGAGAAGCGGCCAAACCGCAGGUGAAGCCCAAAACUACAAAGAGGAAACAAACCAGCAAGACUGCCACUGCUAAGAAAGCUGAGUCCCUCCCCAUCCAAACAGACACCAUGGUGCAGUUAGAGCUUCCUGGGCCUUCUGUGCAGCCAGAGGCUUCUGAUGAUACUGAGCCACAGAGAGGAAGGGCUGAUCAUGUAGAAGUGGAAAAGGAGACUCUGACAGAUGUUGUGGACCCUGAGGGCACCAGCUCAGGAGCAAAAACUACACAGACUAGUAGUCGGAAAAGAAAAGCAAAGGAAUCUGACCCUGGCAAAGCAGCUUCUAAGAGCCCUAAGGUGAAAACUCCUCGUGCAAAAGGUAAAAAAUCGACCCCGGCAGCUGUAGCCUCAACACCAUGUGAAGUCACCCCAAAACCCGGUCCGAACACGGGGCAACAUGCUUCAGAGCACAGCCGACCACGCUCAGAGCAAAGUCCUAGCACUUCCCUUUGUCCAGCUGAGGGUUAUACUGAAUAUAUGGAGAGCAGCUCUCUAGAGGAGGAGCCCACCAAUGUGUCGCAGUACUUCCUAAGUGACAUUUUUACAGAUGUUGAAGAGGGGUGAAAGCUGUGAAGAGUCUGGGAAAGAGGAGGAACCCACGGGUGGUUUGCUCUUUUUACAUUUCUGUUGUGUUAAGUUAUGUCUGUAAAGAUUAAUGUAUAACUAAGUUGCUUUUGCUGUCAGUUGUAAUUAAAUUAAGAUAUAUUUGCUAUACUUACACAAGCACUUUGAAUAUGUACAGUUGUUUCAAUUGACUGAAAGUUAUUUUUAAAAAGCCAGUGUCAAAUAAUUAAUAUUAAAUUGUACAAAUGAAUAACUCAAAAACUGGUAAAUCACUUGUUUCAUUUAAUGAGGAUUUUUACAAUAAUCCAUUAUGUUUCACGCCUCAGAUACCUUUUUUUAGUUACCUGGGAAAAUGUAAAUAUUGUACACUGGCUUUUUUGAUUGUUCUUUUUCAUAUCUGUUCCAUGAAAAAACCCGGAUUACUUGACAUCAUAUACAGUUAUAUGUUUAAAAAGUAUUACCUUUUUAUAAUGCCUCAUCUGUGUAUUCAGUUUUGUGCAAAUGUUAAUUCAUCUUUUUGUAUUUGACAAAAAACAAUGUCUUAAAAUGUGCUUUUCAUUUCGAAAACUGAAUUUUAUCCUGCAAACACACCCCAUGUAAAGUUAAGGUAGUCAACUUUUAUUUAAAAUAAGCUCUCAUUGAGACAUUUUGUUGUACUGUACAUAAUGUUGUUCAGUUCAAUGUUAAAGAGGUCCUUGUACAGAUUCAAAGCAUUCUUUUUAUUAUGUUUGAUACUUGAAACAAAGGCACAUCAUGUGUUAUUGUUAUGUUUUAUAAGUUCAUUAAAAUAACACAUGGAAUUCUGUAAGGUCUGAAUAAAAUGUAUUCUUCCAA